AUGGCAAUGGACGCCAAAGAGAUCGAGCUCCGCGGCAAAGCCAUCGGCAAGGCGGUUCAAGAGGGCGAACCGAGCGCCUCUAUCCUCAAACUUCUCAAUGACUUGAAGACUGGCGUGCACGCGACUGAGGAUCUUUUGCGCUCCACACGUAUUGGUGUCACGAUCAACCGUCUGCGCCAACACAAGGACCCCGCAGUGCAGAAAUUGGCGACCGAGCUUGUUUCAAAGUGGAGGGAUGAAGUCAAGAAGAAGCAGCAGCCGAAGAAGGAUGGUGCUGUAAAGGUAGCCGCGAACGGCGGAGCAGCAUCGUCGCCCGCUCCUCCUGCUUCAGGCACCGCGUCUCCAGCUCCCAGUCAAGCCAAGAAGAAGCACGAUGUACCUGCCGAUAAGCGCAACCACAAGACAGACAACGUCAAGUACCAGGUCACUGGCAGCGAGGCACGCGAUGCUUGUGUCAGGCUGAUGUACGACGGAUUGGCCUACAUGAGCGAAGCAAUGCCGGACGAAAUCCUCUUGGUCGCAAAGCAAGUCGAAGCCGCAGCCUACACCAACGCCGGUAGCGUAAACGACGGAUACAAGGCCAAGAUGCGCUCUCUAUUCCAGAACCUGAAGAGCAAAUCGAAUCCCGCGCUCCGCAAACGUGUUCUCACAGGUGAGGUGCCCGCCAAGCGAUUUGUCACCAUGACACACGACGAGAUGAAGUCAGAUGAGCGACGAGCCUUGGACGAGAAGCUCAAGGCAGAGAACAUGAACGAGGCCAUGGUGGCACAGGUGGAGAAGGCCAUUUCAAAGGAGUUCCAGUGUAGCAAGUGCAAGAAGAAGAUGGUCAGCUACAGUCAGGCACAGACUAGGUCCGCCGAUGAACCGAUGACGACGUUUUGCGAGUGCAUGAACUGUGGUAAUAGGUGGAAGUUCUCCUAG